AUGAAUUCUUUGCGAUCAUUCGUUCUCCUUGUGGUUCUCAUCAACUUCAUCAUUUGUGUGGUAGACGCCUUCUAUUUGGCGCCAGAAGAUCGCGAAGCUUUCCAAAAACGUUUCUACGAUGAGCGAAACAUUGCCGAAUAUAUCGAUGCCAUUCGCCGAGGGGCACUCGGAGGUGGAAUGCCGUCGUACAUGAGGUAUCUGGACAGGCGCGGAAUGUAAUACAAAACCAUGCAGUUCAUUGUAUAAUCUAUUCUAAAUGAUAUCUGGAUGCGUAGAAAGAACAUUUUACCUCCAAUCUGAUCUGUCAAUUUUUGAAGGAAUCUCAUUUGUAACUUUUCUUUUUCUUCAACUGC